ACUACUACUGCUACUACAACCACUACCGAACCCAGGAUGGUGAGGGUCGUUGUGCUGCUGAGCGUCCUGAUGAUGGGUCUGACUCAGGAAGACUUCUUCAACAAGUACGCCUUCAACAAGGUAAUAAGCAGUUGUUUCGGGUCAGGUGAAUACGGUCACUACCUAUCACAGAUCUCCUCAGCUCAGGUCAACUGCAACCAACAACCAAUCACCGCCUUCCUCGCUGCCCCAGGACGUAGUAACCCAAACGUCUAUUAUUCCUCCCGCCCCCUCUCAUCCACCCAGACUUCACCCUCAAGCGGCUUCAACCCCAGACGGAACAACCCACGCUACACGCCCGCUACCAACCCCCUUAAUCCACGCCCACUCACUGGCUAUAACCCACGCUACACGCCCACUACUAACCCACGCCCACUUACUGGCUAUAACUCCCGCUACAUUCCCACUACCAGCCCUCUUAGCCCACGCCCACUCACUGGCUAUAACCCACGCUACACGCCCGUUACUAACCCCCUUAACCCACGUCCACUCACUGUCUAUAAUCCCAGCAAGCCUUUUACGAGCCAAUCAGGAUCCCAAUUCGAUGUCCCCAUCAGCCAAUCAGGAUCCCAAUACGGUGUCCCCACCAGCCAAUCAGGAGUCCACUAUGGUGUUCUAGGCAGCCAAUCACAACCGCCCUUCCCCCAGCCAAAUAUCUAUCGCCCUUCUACUCAUCAGAGUACUGGAUCACCCGGACACAACUCUCGUCGCCAGUACUCAUGGGACUACGACUCGAUAACUACCUCCAUCCACGACCUUAACGCUGCCCUCAGUAACAUGACCUGUGUCUUGACCUCUAUCAACGCCAUCGACGGAGACUUAAACAUUAAAUACGAGGCCUUCAUAAAUUACUACAGCGAUCGGCCACUCGACGCCUCUCUCAAGGGUGAUCUGGUGGAUGGGGUCAAUAUGUGCAGGUCUUAUGUGGAGUGUUUGCCAGUGGAACAACUCAAGUCUGGUCUGCCGUGGAAGUUACAUCGUCUGUUGGACUUCCUCAAGUGCGAGAAGAACUCCCGCUUGACCUCCUGCUUCAAGCAAGACCUCAGAAAUAACCUUGACCAGUUCGACCUGUCAGCUCUACCAGACGACGGGAGACGAACCGAGCCUGUCGACCAGUUGAUGACUAUCCUGGUAGGGGCUGGCGAUAUGGAGGUCUUUUAAGUGGUUCUCUGUCAGCACCUUUCUCAGUCAAGUGUCUUUCUCAGUCCAGUGUCUUUCUCAGUCCAGUGUCUUUCUCAGUCAAGUGUCUUUUUGCAUUUUUCCGUCAGUGUAUUAUACAGAAUCCAAAUACCUUCUGGUUUACCUGACGAAGGGAGUCUCUGCAGGUAUACUUCACUUCAGGUAUACUACACUACAGGUAUACUUCACUACAGGUAUACUUCACUACAGGUAUACUGCACUACAGGUAUACUUCACUACAGGUAUACUUCACUACAGGUAUACUGCACUACAGGUAUACUUCACUACAGGUAUACUUCCCCUCUUUCUAGUUUACAGUAAACCGUAAAGUGUCCUUCAGGCUGUCUACACUUAGGUCCAUUUAACUUGUAAACAAAGAAGUGAAUCAGUGUUUGUUGUUAAUAAAAGUACAGUGAC